CGUGUGUGUUCCGUUGAUGUUGAUGCUUCUUUUAGUCUUCACGAGCAAUGGUACUCUUUGUUAGCUAACGUGGUUAGAAAUUUUCCUCCAGUUUUAGAUUUAUUUGGUUCAGUACGGUUAACCGACACGCCUUCUAAUAGUCGUUCUUGCGAGUUGAAGCAAGUGUUAACGGUCUCCUUUGAAGGCGACUUAUUUGGUAGUUAGCUAACGCUAGCCUGUUAGCUGCAGUUUGGUAAAGAUGUCGCUUCACGGUAAAAGAAAAGAAAUCUACAAAUACGAGGCGCCAUGGACGGUCUAUGCCAUGAACUGGAGCGUCCGCCCGGAUAAACGCUUCCGUCUGGCCCUUGGGAGUUUUGUAGAAGAAUAUAACAACAAGGUUCAGCUGGUGGGUCUGGAGGAGGAGAGCUCAGAGUUUGUCUGCAGGAACACAUUCGACCAUCCUUAUCCCACCACCAAGAUCAUGUGGAUCCCAGACACUAAGGGGGUCUACCCGGAUCUGCUGGCCACCAGUGGGGAUUACCUGCGCAUCUGGAGGGUCAGCGACACAGAAACACGACUGGAGUGCUUGCUGAACAACAACAAGAACUCAGAUUUCUGCGCUCCGCUCACCUCCUUUGACUGGAAUGAGGUCGAUCCCAAUCUGCUAGGUACUUCCAGCAUCGACACCACCUGCACCAUCUGGGGCCUGGAGACGGGUCAGGUUCUGGGCCGGGUUAACCUGGUGUCGGGUCACGUGAAGACCCAGCUGAUCGCCCACGACAAAGAGGUGUAUGACAUUGCCUUCAGUCGUGCAGGCGGUGGCAGAGACAUGUUUGCGUCUGUGGGAGCUGAUGGUUCAGUCCGUAUGUUCGACCUACGGCAUCUGGAACACAGCACCAUCAUCUAUGAAGACCCCCAGCACCACCCGCUGCUCCGCCUCUGCUGGAACAAACAGGACCCCAACUACCUGGCAACCAUGGCCAUGGACGGCAUGGAGGUGGUCAUCCUGGACGUGCGUGUGCCCUGUACUCCCGUGGCUCGACUCAACAACCAUCGGGCCUGUGUGAACGGCAUCGCCUGGGCUCCUCACUCCUCCUGUCACAUCUGCACCGCAGCCGACGACCACCAGGCCCUGAUCUGGGACAUCCAGCAGAUGCCGCGGGCCAUCGAGGACCCCAUCCUGGCCUACACCGCCGAAGGGGAGAUCAACAACGUGCAGUGGGCGUCCACGCAGCCGGACUGGAUUGCUAUUUGCUACAACAACUGCCUGGAGAUCCUGCGUGUGUAAAACCCAGGGACACUGAGGCGCUGAACCGAAGGGGGUCAUUUCAGUUCGGAACUUAAAAUCCUCGUCCCACUACGGUUUGGAGACGAGGACGAGGUCACACCAGAACUUUGUGAACAUGUCCGGAGUAUCGUACACUUACUCCACAAUAACCUGGUUUACAUUUCUUCCAUGUCUUUACUCCACUGUUCUUCUAAUAAGUGUGUUUAAGCUCCUAUUUAUUUUGCUCACGGGGUAGCGUUCUGCAUCUGCACAGCAGCUGUAAAAAAAGAAAACACCAGUGCUUUGAACUUU